AGUCAUAGAACAAUGCAGACUGUCAGUUAUUGUUACAUCGGCAAUUGCUUUAUAUUUUACUCAAUGGACGUCCCACGGCAAUACUUUUUUUGAAUGUUCUCCAUCUCAACAGGCGCUAUCAGCGACCGAGAGUAUCAAAUUAGGCUGCAAAGAGAUCAGCAAAGAGAAGACCGCAAAGAAGACACUGAAGAACCAAUUGGUGAUAUUGAAAGAGAUUUUACCGAAACCUUAUACCAAUUUGGAAACACACAACCUGUCAAGCUCUUACGCUUCUUGGUUUAUACAGCAGCCAAACUGGGCGCUCAGCAAUUUAUUGAAGCAAUCUUCAACUCUUCGGCUGGAAGGGUAGUCUUUGAAGCUUAUAAGGACAGUUCACAAUUGCCAGAAGUUAUUGCCAAAGAUUAUGGUAACGAAGAGACUGCACAUUACCUCGAAGGCAUAACCAAAAGGUUUUCUAGUGAGAUUAGCAGUGGUCAAGAAUGCUCCCAAACAAUAGACUGGUUAGAACUUGCGAAAGUCUUUGGAGAAGCCCAGAGAAAGCUUGAUCUUACCAGCAAAAACGAAAACGGUCAAGAUAAAAGUGAUGAUCCCAAGGAAACUGGCUAUUUAGAAGAUGCUGAUACAUCUUCCAGUGAAGCAUCAGCGCCACAAAGCUCGGACUCUGAGGAUGAUAUCUCCGUUGGAACAACAACGACAACAACAGCAACAAGGAAAGGUAUAAUAGUUUCGCCAAAGCUACCGCCUUGUGAUAGUUGA